ACACGGAAGAUGUGACGUUGCACUGUUGAAUGAAAGAACAAACUCACAUACUCAGCAGUUUUUGCUGGACUUAACAAGGGUCGGACAUUAAUUUACAUGCAUUGUAAUUAUUACGAUGGCCAAUUCAACCGUAGACACGGCGACGCUUUGCCUGUUUGAUGUGGACGGGACCUUAACAGCAGCUCGGCAGAAGGCAACUCCUGACAUGCAUCAGUUCUUGAGUGAACUGAGACAACGAGUGAGAGUGGGGGUAGUUGGUGGCUCAGAUUUUGACAAAAUCAAAGAGCAAUUGGGUGAUGAUGUAAUUGACAGAGUCGAUUAUGUGUUUGCUGAAAACGGUUUGGUAGCAUACAGAUUUGGGAAGCUACACUCAGUGCAGAAUAUACAGGCAUACCUAGGAGAGGAAGUUUUACAGGAUUUCAUCAAUUACUGCCUGAAUUACCUUUCGAAGAUAAAACUGCCCAAGAAGAGAGGCACAUUUAUUGAAUUCCGUAACGGAAUGCUAAAUGUCUCUCCGAUUGGUCGAAGUUGUAGCCAACAGGAAAGAAUCGAAUUCUUUGAACUGGAUAAGAAGGAGAAGAUCAGAGAAAAGUUUGUUUCUGUUUUAAAAGAAGAAUUUGCUAGGAAAGGACUGGCUUUCUCCAUUGGAGGUCAGAUCAGCUUUGAUGUGUUUCCAGAGGGCUGGGAUAAGCGCUAUUGUCUUGGAAUUGUGGAGAAAGACUCAUACCAGACCAUCCAUUUUUUCGGAGACAAAACAAUGCCUGGAGGAAAUGAUUAUGAAAUCUUUGUAGACCCCAGAACAAUUGGCCAUGAGGUGAAAUCACCCGAGGACACACAGAGGAUCUGUAAGACGCUCUUCUUAAGUUAAAGGACCCUAACAAUGACCUCUGCUCUCCAGACUACAAUAUCUGUGAACACAGAACGUCUCACUUGGCAUGCCCAAGUCAAUGUAUUUACUAAAUCAUGACCCUGCCACCCAUAACCUCAAUAUUGGAGAAACCACUGUUCAUUUUAUAUGGGACCUGUUACAUAUUUACAGGUUUAAGAAACUGAUUGGUGCUAGCAUAAUGAUGUCAUAUUUCUGUGCUUUACAUCAACUCUAAUUAUAUAAAAUGAACCCUUCUCUUUUCCAUUUUGGUUAUUUGCCAUAAACACAUAUUUAUAUUAAUAUACAUAAAGUAGAUUUGUUAGGAGCAGGAGUGAUAGGUGGGUUGGUGACAAGUGUGGGUUACAUUUUAUAACUAAUUGGAGUCAAAGGUGCCACAUUUUAGGCCUAGUUUUGAUUGUAGAAUAUAAUACAUUAGAUCAAAUGGCUUUUGCGAGAAUGAAUUGCCCUCAGUUUUUCAAUCAAGCCAAUCAUUUCAUAAGUAUAUUGACAAUUUUGCACUAAGCAACAUCCAAGAGCUCAAAUUAAACAGGCUAUAUACUUAUUUGCAUAAAUAACAUAAGUAAAACAAAACAAACAAUGUUCCUAUGUGGCACUAUGUGACAAAUAAAUUGUUUAACUGAAAAAUGAAAAGGCCUCACACAAGUUAACACGCCCUGCAUAUUUAAUGUUUAAUAUACUGCAUAUGUUGGACAAAUGAGAUUUCAGUGUGGUCAAGGCUACCCAGCACUACAUCAAGCAACCAAUAAAAUGUCCUGUCUCCUGUAUGUCGUCAUGCUUGUUUAGGACACAGCAAGUGUACUGUCAAUAUACUGACAAAAUGGUGUCAAAUGUUUAAAGUUAUAAUAUUAAGCAGUCAGGAGGUUUUUUGUAAGUAACACAUUUGAAAAAUUAAAUGUAAAAUUCUCAAAGGUGCACUUUUUUUUGUCAUCUUGGACUUACAGUGAUGCCUAGUGGUGUGGAUGCAGCAUCAUUUAAAAUCAAUAUUUUUCUGUUACAUAUGCCAUAGUAGAAAUUCACUAUUCACAAUCAGCCAUGAUUCACUUAAUCCAAGAGUGAAAGUGUCCAAUAAGGAGACGGUUAGUGAGAUUAAGCAAGUAGUAUUCAGCUGGUCAUGUGAUUCUAAAAUGUUAGCCCCCAUGAGGGCGCCCCCUGCCUCAUUUAGAAUAAAACAGCUUUUAUAAGGUUACUGAUAUGACUAGUCUUCAUCUCACAUGAGUGGUCAUGCUUUUAUACAGUACAUAUGUUUCAAAAUUAGAAUUAACUUCUUUAGGAGUAAAACAUUUUUAAUGGGGAAAAGUUACUGUUUGCACUUUUAAUUUCCCUUAUUCUGCUGGAAUUCCAUAAAAGCCUACUUAAAUGCUAAUAUAAUUUUGAUUAAUAAAUGUCUUUAUAGGGUAAUUUUUUUUAUAAGAAGUGUCUGUUAUGCUACUAAUUGUGAGACAGCCAAAGAACCACAAAUUUUACUUAUUAC